AUGGUUUCAUGGAAAGUGUUCAUGACCAUAUACGUAUCUACGACUGGCCUAUCCACUCCCAGGACGCGUUUCAUCAUCCCGCGCGCUGGUCGCGUGGACGAGGCGUUGGGAGCCCGAUCGCUUGGCGAGCUUUGGCCGCCCGAAAACGAAUCCACAGUUUCGCCGACGGAAACUGAUAUCAUUCUGCUUGACAAACAUGAUCCACUACAAAGAUGGAGUCUCCGCGCAAUUCGAGUCGGGCAAGUCAUGGCUCCCAACAUCGCCAUUGUCGUCGACCACCACCCGGGCCGUACGUGGUUCACCUCGAAUGAUGUUGUGCAAGGGCGCAUCGUUCUGGAAUCCAGGCGAAGGCCGUUGUCCAUACAAGGGGUGGAUGUCCUCCUCGAAGGAAUCAUGAAGACACGCGUCGAGCCUCCGAAGCCUAGGGAAGAAGCGCUCAGCUUCUCUGAGCAUUCUGGGACUGCACGAAUAGAGCAUGCUGUCUUUCAACGUCAGGUUCAACUCACGCCAAUUCAAGACAGCCCCAGUACUUCAUCGAAGCUUGAGAAGCACCAAUUCUCAUUCGCUACGGAAGUGCCUCUUCUUGCUGCUUGCUGCAAACGUAUCAGAAAGUCAGACGAUGAUCAAUACUCUCUUCCUCCAUCCCUCGAUGUACGCAGGGGUCGCAUUCGGGUCGCCGUCAAGUACAGGAUACGAGUGGUCUUGAAGAGAUCUGGUGCCCUAGAGCGCGAUGUCACCACCAUGGAGGAACUUGAGCUGAAGUCACUGGCUCCCCCGGAUAUACAUAUCCCAGACAGCGAGAAGCCUUUGCGAAGUACAGCUAUCCUGUCAGCGAGCGACUCUCGUAGUCUGAACGAUUCGGUUUCCGGACUGCCACAGUACUCGCCUGCAAUAAUGCUUCACAUGGGCCUGCCAUCCACUGCAAGGCUUCGACCGGAACAGCCUUUGGACAUCUUACUGAAGAUAUUUGCACCUCCGGAAAUCAUGGCCGAUACUGGCGGUCUUUGGCUCGGUAGUCUGCGGCUUCGUCUAAAAGGCACUCUCGCUGUCAACCUCAACCAUACGCUUACGCGGAUGCUGAAGCUGACCGAGCUAUGCUCUUUCGCUGGUCACCAAGCCAUCGAUGUAGACGGCGGCGCCAGCAGAUUUGUCAUCCCCAGCUCCUUGUGGAAGAAUGUGAGAGUGCCAUUGCUGAACUCGUCAUUCAAGACAUGCUGCGCGCAGUACACAUACAAGCUAGAGGCCGUUGUCAGGCUGCAUGCACCUGCAUGGAGAAGGCCCCGGGAGAUGACGGCCAGCAUGCAGGUUGAGAUGCAGACUGGACCUGACGCGGGCAUGCCACCUGCACCAGCAUAUUCACCCAUGUGA